AUGAUGCGACCAGCCUUCCAGCAGGUCGCGGCCAUACCGCGCCGCGCCAUGCCGACAGCAAGACAAAAUGCUUGGGAGGCAAGGCUGAAGAAACUUUCCAAGGAGUACGGCCAGCUCGAGCACUGGGUAACAUCCCAUAUCAAGCAAAUCAUACCUGAGUCGGUCAAGACUUGGUGGCAUGAGUACAGAGCGGCGCUUACCAAGGCCGAGACUCAGCAGCUUGGCAGCAACGAUGUCAGCGAGGCUGUCGAAAUGGCAGGCUGGGGAGUGGAAGAAGCCCAGGAGCGCAACCGGGCAGAAGCCAGUAAGUUCAUGCACCUCGUCCCCUUGAUGCUUUGA